AUGACGGAUGUGACAGGUCCACUGGAGAAUGUUUCAGAUGUAGGCCAGGGUUCUAUGGACGACACUGCGACACACCCUGUCCACCACGAUGUUCCAGCUUUCCGUCAUCUACACUCUGGAGAAAUGAACGGCGGACAGUUCCUGUCGCUUGUGGUGCUCAUCCAUGCCCUGCUGUCGCUGACAUACUCUCUUGAGAUCCUUAGUCACGACUCAUGUAAGACAAGUGGGUGCAGACAUGGAAAUGGUCGUCUCAGAUGUCAGUCAUGUAACACCGGGUGUCACGGAUCAAACUGCAGCUCUACAUGCCAAGGACGUUGUGACGAUGACGGAUGUGACAGGUCCACUGGAGAAUGUUUCAGAUGUAGGCCAGGGUUCUAUGGACGACACUGCGACACACCCUGUCCACCACGAUGUUCCAGCUUUCCGGUAGGUGGCGCUGUCUACUGUGACCAACAUACAGGUUCUUGUUCUGAAUCUUGUGGUGGAGGAUGGACCGGGGCACACUGUGAUGGACGAUGUCCACCCAACUGCAAGGCAUCAGUCUGUCACAUACACACAGGAGAAUGUCUUGAUGGGUGUGAUGGAAGAUGGGCAGGGGGCUUCUGUAACAUGACAUGUGACAACUGUCUGAUGGGAAGGUGCAGCAUCACCGGCUACUGUCUACAUGGAUGUGAAGCAGGCUUCUAUGGACAGAAGUGCGAAGAUAGAUGUCAACAUUGCUGGACCAGUGGCUGUGACAGACAGACUGGGGUAUGUGAACAGUGUCAACCUGGUUACCAUGGACACCGAUGCAGUAAGACGUGCCCCGAGAAGUGCUACAAAGGAAGAGAUGGACACAAGAGCUGUGAUCGACAUACUUCAGUUUGUCUGGAAGGAUGUGAGACUGGGUGGCACGGGUCACACUGUCACACCCCGUGUAGUGCCUCCUGCAAGUCUUCCCUGUGUUACAGCCGUGAUGGAUCGGUGACCACUGGCCGCGGCUCUGUGAGGGCAUUCCAUCGUCAGUUUAUGAACAACGUUGAUAGAAGCUACUUCAACAACUACCACGGGAUCCCCGUCCUGAACAUCGUCGGAAAGGUCUUCGACUGUUUGGUCCGAAAAGGACUACAGACACUUGCUGUUAUGGUGUAUCCCGACGCGCAGUUUGACUUAUGGCCUAACGGUCCAUGA